AUGACUGAAGAUAAACUUUUAAAGCAAGGUGAAUAUGAUUAUUCAAUAAGUUCUGAUGGGAUCAGUUUGAUUAAACGGAAAGACAAAGAAGCAGUCCAUAUUUUGACCAAUCAUCAUGAUCCAACGGUAAAAAGCUCUGUGCAACGAAAACAAAAGGAUGGUAGUAAAAUCCCUGUUCCUUGUCCUAUGGCACCGGUGGACUACAAAAGUAACAUGAACUUUGUGGACCGUUUCGACCAAAAGAAAUCAUCUUAUGAGCUAGAUCGUAAAAGUAAAAAAUGGUGGAUGAGAAUUUUUUUCCAUCUCAUUGAUUGCUGCGUUGUCAAUUCGUUCACUCUUUAUCGACUAAGAGGUCUAAAAAGGUUACCCCUAAAAGAUUUUCGUCGAAGAGUUGUUGAUGGGUUAUUGGCAGAACGAUACGUCCAAAUUAGUGCAGAUCAUAAAACGCAAUUGGAAGCUUCAAGAAAAUAA